UUUAACCUACAAAUACUUUUAGGAGUCUCUGAAACUAUAUAGAGUAGAUAUACGGGAAUCGAUAUGAUUACAAUUUAUUAUUUAAUGUUUGAAAAUGGCUGCCUCUUUGAUGGCAACAUGCUCACCCCCUAUUACAUGGAACUUAUUACACAAAUAUACGUGCCGUAAUUUGAACCUGGGCCUACUCCUUCGGGAAUAUAAAAAUUGUGAUGAUACGAGGUUUUAAAAAGGUUAUCAUUGAUAUCAGAUAGUUAAUAUUGAUUCCCGUAUCAUCUAUGCUUAGAUAGUGUUAUUAAAAACCAAAACCUCUCCUUUCAAAUUCUUCUUUUUGUACCUAGUUCUUCUUUAGAUGUCUUAUUUCAUGCAAUACACGAAAUAUUAUAGUCAGUUCAAUAUUUAUUUUCUAUGUUAUUUGUAGUACCGUGGACCGGAUCGUCCUACAAUUGGGGAGGAGUUUGUGAGAUCGGAUCGCCCUGAAAAAAAAUCGCCACAAGUAUCUGCCCAGCAAUAUUAUAAGCCACCAGUGGACUUGGAGAAAAUUCAGAUGAUGGAACAAUCACAGCAGUUUGAAGAGUAUCAAAAACGGAAAUUGCUAGAAGCCCAACAAUUUAUACGGGAUUAUCAGAAAAUGCAAGAAGCUAAAAAACAACAACAAGUACAGACAUACCAAAAGCCGACAGUGCCACCAACACCAAGGCCAAAGCCGAAACCCGUGCAAACUUAUACAGAUAAAUAUCAUAUAAAACAUCAUCUGGAACUUCAAGAUCAAAUAUUGAGCGGAAUUAAUCCUAAAGAGUACAGUGACAUACCUCGAGGUAUAAAAACAUACGCCAGAAGAAAACGAUAUGAAGUUUAUCAAAUUCUUUAGAAGCUUCAAAAACAACGCAAGUCAAGAAAUAAUUAACUGUUGUGAAAUUCA